AUGGAUUUAAAUUCAAAUAUAGAAUUUCCCUCUAAUCUCACAUCAGAUGGAUUAAUUCAAUUGAAAAGAGAGCAAGUGAGAAAUUCAUAAAGAAAAGAGGACAUUCAAAAUAAAUUACUCUAAAAACGAUAACAAUAUAUCUAUUAAUAUGAAUAAUUGUAUUUGAAAUAAUAAGAACUAAAAAAAGAGGUGUGUUUUUUUUAUAUUUUAAGGAACUUGCCUUAGUCUUCAAUAAAUCUAUUGAAGAAGUCAAUGACCACUUCUAUUUAAAUGAAAUAUCAGCAGCACUUGAGAUUAUGGUCAAUUUAGAAUCCAAGCUUGAAAAUCUCAUAGAUAUCCCAGAACAAUUCUGUGUUAGUUCAUUUACUAAUCUUUUAAAUUAACUAGCACCUUAGUUGUUAGCUAAUACUCAAUUAGAAUACUUUCUUCUAACACUAUCUUUUGAUUCAAUAAAUAUCAUCCUAUUUCCUUAAGAAUAGUCUAUAAUGAAUGAGUACUAAUCAAAAACUCUGGAAUUACUCAAAAAAGAGAAACAUAGACAUUCGUAACACUUUCUUAUCAAAUUAUAUUAAAAUAAUUCUGAUUGGUUUUAAGCGGUUCUUUUUUAAGAGUACUAAUAAAUCAGUAAAUAAUUAUUUGAACUAUUACUCAAAAAUAUUGAUAAUGAUAUAGUUUGGCUUAUACUGUUCUAAUUAAAAUUUGUUCCCUAUGAUAAUUAAAUCUUUUCAACAGUACUCAAAAAUUACUAAAAAAAAAAUGCUUUCUUACUCAUAAGAAAGACUCUAUGUUAAGAAGAAUACUAAUAAAAAUACAUUCAAUCAAAUAUAUUUUUUAUCUUUACCUAAGCUCUAUAAUCAACAGAGAAUAAACAAUAUUAUUUAAAUGAAAUUAUAGAUUGUAUUCUAAGCAUUUGUUGUGUAUUUAUAUUCACUAAUUCAAUAGCUUAAAUUUGAAUUAUUUGAGAUAGUUAUUACUUCUGGCCUAGCCCUUGUGAUAUCUGCUUAACCUGUAGAUCUUUUCACUGUCGAAGUAGCCAAUUUUAUUUAUUUUAUAGGGAAUCUAAAAUUUAUAACGAAUUGUCUAUUGGAUGUGCAGUGGUAAGAGUGAACUAUUGAGUUAACACAUCAAAACAGGAGUAUGGUUUUAGACAAUCUUUUUAAUCUUAUUGAAAUAGUAAUUGAAUCAUAUUGUCUAAAUUAAUACCUUAGAAAUUUUAAAAUAGUAGUUUAAGUCAGAUUUAGGUUGUUAUUUUAAAGAAUUCUUCAGAAUAACAUAUUCAGUGCCUGAUAAUAUUAAGAUGCUGAUAGAAAAAUACUUAUGA